CCCCUGAUUGGCCAGGGUUUUCCCUGCCGCAAAGCAAUUGGACAUUUCUCCAGUCAGUCAUGAUGUCAGCGACAAACGCCCACCUCUUCGUGCACGCUGACUGAAAUCAGGAGAUCUUCCAAUAUAAAAAAAACUGACAUGGCUGUAACAGCUGAUCACAUCCGGGACAAACUUACUAAGGAGCUCGCGGCAGUGCACGUGGAUGUGGAGGAUACAUCACCGAACAGAUGUGCAGCCAGCUUCAAAGCCCUGGUGGUGUCAUCCCAGUUCGAGGGCAAACCACUGUUACAGAGACACAGGAUGGUGAAUACGUGCCUAGCGGAGGAGCUAAAAGAGAUCCACGCUUUUGAACAGAAGACCCUCACACCAGAACAGUGGGAGAAACAGAAGUCCCAAUGACACACAGAUACACACACACACACACACACUAUCACCCUCACAUCAGUUUAUAAUGUCCACUAUAAACAGGCCUUAUACUCUUACAUGACGAAAAGACAGAUGAGUACUCUCUUUCAUCUUCUGUGAAUACGUAAUGUGGAUUUCAAUCAAUUGGAAAGUUCUGCAAUAAAAGACUUUGAUGUUCUA